GAGAGAGAGAGAGUGUAUGUGUGUGAGAGAGAGUGUAUGUGUGUGUGUGUGAGAGAGAGAGAGAGUGUGUGUGUGAGAGAGAGAGAGAGAGUGUGUGAGAGUGUGUGUGUGAGAGAGAGAGAGUGUGUGUGUGAGAGAGAGAGAGAGUGUGUGUGUGAGAGAGAGAGAGUGUGUGUGUGUGUGUGUGUGUGUGAGAGAGAGAGAGAGAGAGAAGUGAGUAGUGCGCGCCACCGGAAUCACCAUUAGGAUUUGCGAGCUGAUGGAGCACGAGCGCAAGAAGAGAGUUUGGGAUUUAUCCGUGGACCCACACCCACACUAACUUCCAAACUUGAUGCAAGUGGACGCCUAUGAUGAUGAGUGCACUGGUGUUCAGUAACCUGGACGAGCGUCUGAGUUUUGAGGAGAGCGGGAAAGCCGUGGAGAGGAAGAGCCUGAGUUAUCUGGAAGUGCUUAAAGGACAGCAUGCAGAUUCUCUAACCAAGAGGAUGGACGGAGCGCUGCAGCACCGGAGACAGAGUGGAGGGAAGGUGCGGCACAAGCGUCAGGCUCUUCAGGACAUGGCCAGGCCGCUCAAACAGUGGUUGUAUAAACACAGGGACAACCCGUAUCCCACCAAAACCGAGAAGAUCCUACUCGCCCUCGGCUCCCACAUGACCCUGGUUCAGGUAUCAAACUGGUUUGCUAAUGCACGCCGCCGGCUGAAGAACACGGUACGGCAACCCGACCUGAGCUGGGCUCUACGCAUCAAACUGUACAACAAAUACGUUCAGGGCAACGCAGAGAGGCUCAGCAUCAGCAGUGACGACUCGGCUUCUGAAGAUGGUGAGAACCCUCUCCAGAUGCAGCCCAGCGAAUCCGAGUCCAGCCAGCCCACACACAAGAGCGUGAUCCAGGAGAGCCGAGGCCUUGAUUACGUCUCCCCGCCAAAGUACAAGAGCAGUUUGCUGAACCGCUACCUCAACGACUCCCUCCGGCACGUCAUGGCCUCCAACACUGACUCGCGCAAGAGGAACCACUCGGGCUCCUUCAGCUCCAACGAGUACGAAGACGAGCUGCUGUCUCCCUCAUUGUCUGAAACGGAGGCCAACUUCACCUACCGCACAGAAUCCACGGACUGUGGCUCUCAGUUCCAUGAUGGGUGCAACCGUAAAGGAGGCGUACGAGGAAAAAGCGCAACGUACUGGAACGAGCUGCAUGCUGCAAUGGCAUUGACUAACCUGGCUCAGAGCGAGGAGGCCACGCCCGCAGGCACCACCAGCUGCAUCAUCCAGAAAUCCUCGCACAUAGCAGAGAUAAAAACUGUCAAAGUGCCGAUCGCGUCUCCUUAAUAACAGUGAGCCUGAGGCGUGAGGCGGAGACGGCAAGAGACUCCUUCAAGGCUUCAACGUGGACGUCUAAUCAUGUUAGUUUUGGAAACGAUCGAUGGCAGUGUUUUAUAAGGACAUGAUUUGGAUAUUUCACCGACGUGCCUGAUUACGACUGAUGACAUCCAGAUUGGACACCAACAGGAAGCGAUGUCUCAUGGAUCGGAGUUUGGUUUGGACUGUUAAAUUAAAGCCACCGAAUUUCUCAUUUUAAAUCAUAUCCCGAUGUCCAUUUGUUUUUUUUUUAAAUAUUAUUUUCAUUCUGACAGGUUUCUCGAUCCUCAGACCGUCCUGGUUGAAAUGUAAUAUAUUCAUAUCCAUGUUUACCACUUUUCUAAGUUAAAGUGUAAUGUUUACUGAGGCAGGAUUAUUGUCCAACGAUUAUUGCUCAACAGUUGUUUCUCAUUAUUUUUUUAUUAUAUAGGUACAGCCAUACUAAUGUUGCCUUGUGUAUCGAAUGAUUGAUGAGCCCCCGGGGAAAUAAUGGCCAGGUUAUAUCACCCCACCCCAUUACACACCACAUUUAUGAAAAUCUUUUCUUGAACUCUCGCUGACCCAUCUGUGAGUAAUCAGCUUUCUGCGGAUCACGGACUCUGACUCAGAUCAUCGUCACUCACGGAGUCCUGACCAGAUUCGCCGGUUUCAAAAUAUUAUCUCGGAAAUUUUUCCCUCUUUGCAGCAUUUCCCAUUUCAAUAAAAUCAAAUGACCUGA